CAGGACUCGUUGCUCCAGUACGCCUGUCCGUUUGAUUCCAGCUUUCAGUUCACCUGAACUUCUGAGGAUCGUUGAAGAGCACACAGAGUCUGUUUAUUCUAAAAAAAUCUCCAAAUACUUCAAAGGAAUGUGGCGGAUGUAAACAAGUAUAUAAUUGGUGAUUUCAAAACGAGUAGGGUCGUUGUAUAAGUAACGUUAUUAAAGGAAAUCAUGGCAACGGGUGGAUUUAAAUCUAGCGCAACGGACUUUUUGGAGGAGUGGAAAGCCAAGCGUGAAAAGAUGAGGGCGAAGUUGCUCGGGGACAUCGCCGCUGCUACCGGGCGAACCACCGAGUUGAAUAACAACGGCAGCCCGGUUAACUGCGUUUCGUCUUCGUAUCCUGUUGCCCGGUCCUCUUCUUCAUCCGCCGUGAGGCGGCCGGAGGACGAGACGAAGACACCCGAGCCGCCCGUGGGAAACGUGAAGAAGACGCCGGAGAAGUUGAGUGGAGUUUCUCAGACCGAUUGUUUGACUCCGGUCGGUGUAGAUGACAGUGAUAAAGACAGUCCAACACCCGUCAAGAGCAAAGAAAAGAAAAGCUCAGGACCCAGCGCCCGAAAAGGCAAAGGACAGAUUGAGAAAAGGAAGCUGAGAGAGAAGAGAAGGUCGACAGGUGUUGUCAGCAUACCGUCCAAUGAGAGCUUGGAUGAGCUUGACGAUGAUGAUGGUGAAGAGAAGGAGACGAAGGUGGAUGAAAGUCUUACACAGCACAACACGGUACAGAACGAGGCGAUGACCCCUGACCCUGAAGCGGAUCACUCGAUACAGGAAACACCGAGGUCCAGAUGUCAUAAAAGUGAUGAAGACGGUGGAGGAAACAGAAAUCGUCAACGGCACGGAAGGGACGGCGGCGCCCUGGAGAGAAGACUAGAGGAACUGGAGAGGGAGCUGACCAUCGAGAGACAGGAGAACUCUCGCCUGUUGAAAGCCCACCAGGACAAAGACGAACUUAUCAUUAAACUCAAGGAGGAGAUUGACCUGCUAAACAGGGAUCUGGAUGAUAUCGAAGACGAAAACGAGCAGCUGAAACAGGAAAAUAAGACCUUGCUCAAAGUUGUUGGUCAACUUACAAGGUAGAACCGAGCGACCUAAAGAUUACUAAUGGAGUUCCACUGUGGGUUUUCCUGAAGAAAACAACAGCCCCUGUUCUCCAUUCUUUGUUAUCAGCAUUUCGUCACUUUCUGGAAGAGGAUCUUUGUGUGGUUUCUGGAUGCUUCGAGAACCUGGAGAGUCAGGUUAUCUCCAGAUGUAGAAACAAAGUCACUUAAUAUAGUGUUAAUAAAGGCCUCCUGCUUACACAAGGGUUGUUAUAAAGAAGUGAUGUGUUAUUUAAUGUAAAUGUGUAUGUAUAUAGUCUAUGGCAACGAUUGUUUUAAGGCUUGCAAUGCAAAAAAAAAAAAAAAAACCACACAAACACACACACACACACACACACACACACACACACACACACACACACACACACACACACAAAGAGGAAAUACAGCUGAAUGUAUGUGGUGUGGCACCAAAUUUAUAAGAACUGUUUUGUUUAAUUUUCCUUCGAGCUCUAUGGGUUUUCACAUUACAGUCAUUGUGCUGACAUUUUUUCACGUUCCAAAGAACUGCUCUCAUUAUAAUCAAAGUUUAAGGGCCUAUAAAAAUCAUAAAAAAGAACUGUAGCAAUAAGAAAGUGUCUGUUAGCCCCAGUCUGUGUUUAUGGGCCAAUUUUAACCCUGAUAACUAAUGAUACUAUGGCAGUGGUGGUACUUUUAAAAUCAUCCAAUCUUUCUUAGUCAUUUCAGCCUUAGCUUUCAACAAGAACGCAAUGAACAAGUUUGGAGCUUGUAAACUAUGUUGUAGUAAAUAUCAUUUAUCAUCUGUUAUUUUUUAUUGUACACAAUUAAAAAGUUUACAAAUUGUUUUAUUUGUGGUUUCAAUUAGAUGUAGUUACUCAUUAUGUACAGUUAGCAAGAUUUAUAACCUAAGCUAAUGCUGCACAUUUUUAAUUAACCAAAUUAAAUGGAGACGUCAUUAAAUGCAUUCAUGUGGUCUCUCGUCAAUAUGACAUUUAUUACUUGCUGUUUGGUCACCAUUUUGGGGUUCAUAUCUAUGUUGAUGCUAAUCUACAAUGCUAAUGACAUGUAUUCUGUAAAGUAAUUUGAGGGCUGUCUGUUUUUAGACCAUACUGGGAUGGGGAUUUCUGUAACCCAUCACUUUACAUAAUGCAUGUACAGGAUAGGAAAUUGAAUAAAGGUUUGAAUAAGUA